AUGGCUGAACCACCAACGUUGAGACCAACAAGUUCAUUCGCCAUUCCUCCUAUUCUGACUGAAACAAGUACAACAGUGAGUAUGUCUACAUCUUCAGCAGUGGAUGCAACACCCAUGGGAUGCUCAGCAUCUUCAGCUUCCAAUGGCAAUAGCACCAAUUCUUCCAAUAACAAUAAUAAUGCUGGCAAGACUCAAAUCGUAUUUAUUCAUAAAUUGUAUGACAUGUUACAUGAUGAUACAAUAUCUCAUUUGAUAUGGUGGUCACCCACGUUGGAUUCAUUCUAUGUGAUGCCCGGUGAAGAGUUCUCGAAGGCUCUUGCUCAAUACUUUAAACAUACAAACAUUGCAUCUUUCAUACGACAAUUGAACAUGUAUGGCUUCCAUAAAGUAAAUGAAACAUUUCAAAAUCAAGAUGAGCAAGCAAAUAACCAACAACAACCAAACAAGUGGGAGUUCAGACACUCGACUAGCCAAUUCCGUAAAGGGGAUGUUGAAUCCUUGAAGUCAAUCAAAAGACGAAGUUCAAAGAACAUUAAUUCUCAGAGAGAGGUUGUCAGUAUAAAGUCAUUACCACCUACAUCACAUCCAAUAGAAUAUACCCAACAGCCACCACCCCCUAACUAUCCCCAUCCACACCAACACCAUGUUCAUCCACCAAUCCAACCUCAUCCCCAACAAAUGUAUCAACCUCCUCCGGAUGAUGGAUCAAUGCGAGAGGCACAAACAUUUCAACCACCCUUAGCACAAGUGAUGAGUUAUUCCAACGCUAACCAAUCAAAUCCAAACUCUCCAUCCAGUCCAGCACCGCACGGACCUGGAGCCGUUCCACCUGGCCAUAUUGAAUAUACUACCAGACCUCCACCACCGACCUCUUUUGAAAACGGAGUCAAUUUUAAAUUAAUGGAAAUGAGUAGUCAAAUCAACCUGUUAAGAAAUGAUUUAAGUAUAAUGAAUAGACAAUGUGAUAUGUUGUACCAAAACUUGAAAUCUCAAGCUAAUGAUUCUGUCACCAUAUUGGAUAUGUUUGAGAGUUGGAUCAGAUCAGAGUAUAAUGAUACUUCAGCAAUUCCAGAAAGGACCGGUGAGAACAAAACACCAGUCAAUUCAAUCAAAGCAGAGGAUGCCCCAUCUCCAAUGUCAAGACUAGAUAAACCCAAAUUCAUAACCGAAAUUCGGCAUCUAAAGCAUGCAAUGUCACAACGAAUUAAUCAACCAAUAGUGACUUCUCUCCAAGCUCAACCAGAGCAAGGUGUUUCUCAAUCUUUUGCAACAAAUUCGCGGAAUCCUUCAAAUUCAAGUAUUCAAAUUAUACCUCAACCAUAUCCAUUAAACCCUCACUACACAAUAUAUGAUAGAGCAUCAGAGGAGAAUGAUCCCACCAAAAGAAAUUUAUCCGUAUAUGAUCCAUUACAACCAAUACCUUCGAGGCAUAAUUCAAGAGCAUUAAUAGACGAUCCAUCAAGUAUUGGUCUACAAGGCAGGAUAAGAACAGAGUCGAAGUCUUACAGCCCAUUAUCAAUCAAUGGAAUGAAGCAAAUCCAACAACAGAAGACAUCUUCACCCAUCUCGCUCAUACCAUCAUCACAACAACAACAACAACAGAACAGUUCUAAUUCAUCUAGUUCAAGAUCUUCCAUUGAACUGAAGAGAAUUUUACCCCAUGUAUCUACUGAUUUCGUUCAACCUUCAAUUCCAUACACUACAACUCCCCUCAGUGGCUCAAGAACAAACUCAUUGCCUAAUCCACGUACAGAGAAAAUUGGUGCCGGUUCAACAUACUUUUAUCAACGUAAUUCAUUCACUUCUAUGAAUGAUCAAAAGUUAAAUCCUUCUUCAAGACCUCAAUCUCAACAGCUGCCAAUUAGUGGUAUACCAAGACGCGGAUCACCUCCAAGAAGUGUUCCUGAUCAAUUACCAAGUGUCAGCGAGUUGGAUAAAUCUAUCAAAAGUGGAGGAGUAGGUUUACCUGCUUUGUUUACUAAGAGGAAUGAUGAGAAUGAAAACAAAAAGAGAAAGUUAGACUAA